ACCUAUUAUAAUAGUGAAUCUUAUCCUAAUAAAGUCAACAGUAAACAAAGAAUUUCCGAAAUGAAUUCUAAAUUCAAAGCACCAGUUAAUCAAGAAGACACCGAACAAGUCCCAAUCACACGCAUUGAAGCUUAUUGUACUCAUAAAUUUUGUUACAACCCGUAUUUUCCAUGUAGAAGAGACUCACCAGGUCCCACAACUUACAAUCCAAAAUUGCCAAGAAAACAUAUACCCGAGGCGGACUUCUCCAAACUGACUCCGCGAAAACCUGAUGUAGCACCAUCUUAUUCAGUUGGUCCUACUACUUACAAUACUCAGAAGUACAAAUCAAUGAAGCCGAUUAUCGAGACGCACAACGUGAAAGUGAAGAGAGACGCAGCCAUACCGAAAGGCUUCUAUGAUGCUCGUAGAAGCACCAACGAUUACAUCUACUCGCAUAAAUAUGACAAAUCUCUGCUAACAACCAUCAUCAACCCCUCGGAAAAUAAGUUUAAACGCCUGGUAAUGGAGAAAGAUUUGAUUAGAACUAGUGAAGAAGCUGCUAUUGUUGAGCCUGGAGAAAGAGAGGCAGUGGUGAAAAUGAGACAAUUGGUGGUGAAAACUUUUCCCAGGAAGCCUGCAGUAAUCUAUGGAGCACCAGUUUAUUGAAUAGCCUUGUCUCUUUUAUAAUAUAAAAAAUUAUAUUCCAUUUUUUGUGGAUUUAAAACUCUCUCUUCUCAGUAAAUAAUGUGGAUUACUUAUUAAUUUCAUAUAGCUCGCUUU